UUCACAAUUCACAUUUCACAUUACAACAUUACACAAUACACAUUACAGAUUACAGAUUAGACAUUACAUAUUCCAUUCAUCAUGAGUUCGAAAGAGCCUCGUUUGUCACAAGUCCUACCAAUUAUUCGGUGCUCGGAUUGUGGAAAAGAUGUCGAGUUCCGCAAACUGAGUGAACAUGCUUGUAUAGCUAUCCCGACAUUGCCUGCAAUGCCUCUGUACAUCCCCAGAAGACUCGCCGGCCCAUUUUUUCUUUUGUUUCUUUGCGGCCAAAAUUGCAUUAAGAUUGGUCAUUCUUUUGUUCUUCAUAUUACUCGGUGAAUUUCUGUGCAAUCAGAUUCCUAGGAUGAGGCUACAACUAGCGUUUUGAUCUGUGAUAGAUUGUUCGCCG